UUAUUCAGCAGCAGCUGCUGCAGUAGCGACUAUCGAACGGCGGUGAAUUGCGUUUCUCGAUAAUAAUAAUAAAAAAAACAAAACUGGUAUAAUUGCCAAUUGUUGCGCAAUUAAAUAUUAACGAAGAAUUUUCUAGUGUGUUCGUGCGUCUGUUGUUGACACUAUCGGUAUCGUGUGUUUCCAGUGAACGUUCUCCGACGAAAUACCUAACACAUUUUCCAUUGUCGUGCGACGCCGACGCAGCAAAAGCGACAAAACAAAAACAACAUGUCGUUGAACACGGCACACGUCCAAGGCGGAGGCUGUUUGAUUCACGCCGGAGAAUGUAUUAUUUUAUACACUGAUGCGGUAACAAUUGAUUUUCAUGGUCAAGACGGCCGAGCAUUUCAUGGUUCUAAAGUUGGCAAAUUAUAUUUGACUACACACAGAUUGAUAUUCAUCAACAAGUCUGAUAAAGAUGAGUUGUUAUCAUUCAGCAUGCCUUUCGUUACACUCAAAGAUGUGGAAUUAGAACAACCUGUUUUCGGUUCAAAUUACAUUAAGGGUAAAGUACGUGCACAGCCUAACGGAAAUUGGGUUGGUGAAGCGAAAUUCAAGCUGAUUUUCAAAAAAGGCGGCGCUAUAGAUUUUGGGCAAGCGAUGCUUCGAGCAGCGUCAAUGGCAAGCAGCAAUGUGCCUCCGAUGGAUAAUCCUCCCCCGUACGCCCCUCCUCAAGGUCCAUACUAUCAAGCCGAUGUUCCAUACGGAGUACCUCCACCAGGUUAUUACGGAUGGAUGCCUUCUACUGCGGCUUUCCCAGAUGCCCCACCACCACAAUCCGUGUACAGAACCGAUAUGCCACCGCCCUAUCCAGGUAUAAUUGGUUUCUCUAACAAUCCAGGAUAUGCAAGUGCUCCACCGGCCCAAACAGCCCCACCGCCACAACAGUUCAACGGACAAGAUGCUAAAGCAGCAGAAGCAGCCCAAAGCGCAUAUUUCGAUCCUAACAGACCUCAGAUGGCUUAUGUACCUCCACCAUCUUACUAUGAACUUCCUCCGCCGUACAAAGAAGCCGAAAACAAGAAAAAUGAUUAAUCUUUCAAACAAACUCUAAUAUGGCUAAAACGCAUUCCAAAGGUUUUACUGUGAAAUUUUAUUGUUUUUCUUAUUAAUAUGUUAUUAUUGAAGUAUUUCGAGUGUACUUUUUAAAUAUUGUGAUUUCCUUGCAUAAUUUCAACAAUGUGAACUUAUAUUAGUCAAUAUGGGAAUAAUUACCAACACAUUUAUCUAUAUAUAUAUAUAAUAUACAUGUAUGUAUUUGAUAAUAAAUUAUAUUUUAAAUAUAAAUAUAUAUUAAUUUUAUUUGUACUAAUAUUAAUAUUAUAUGAAUAUUUAUAUAUUAUUUUAUUAUAUUACAUUUAUAUUUAUAUAUAUAUAUAUGAUUUAUUAAAACUAUUACAACAAGAAAUCGCUCAUAACAUCGUUUCGUGCAAGGUUGGUUACAAAUGGAGAGACAGUACAAUAAGAUUGAAAAAAAAGUAUUCUUUGACUGCUUUUAAGUAUUCCUGUAUUAAACAUAUGUUUUUUUUUUAGUCAUUUAAUGGUUUAGAUAUUAAUAACAUAACAUUGUAGCCGGUAACGUCACCAUUUUCUCAUUCGUUCAUAGUUAUCUUUCACGUUUAUUUCGUCGACUUGUUUCUUUAUUGUGAUAACAAUAAACACCGAUGAAAUAUUAUUGUUAUUUAUUAGUAUAUUUUUUUACUUUUUAGAAUUUAAACAGCUUAUGAUUUAUUACGAUAAUUUUAAAAUGUUGUCAUGGCGUGUAUGUAUAUAAUAUAUUUAUAGUAUUUUUAUAUUAUUAUUAUUAAUUAUAUGGGUUAUACAUUUUUUUUUUUUUACAAUUUAAAAAAAUGUUUUGUUUAUGAGCGAUUUCUAUUAUUAUAUAAUUAUUAUACAAAUACUUGAUUUAAAUAAUAUACUAUUUUUAUACGCUUAUUUAGUUACAAAAUUCAUCAUCUACUUAUAGGAAAUAUUAUGUAAAAACUAAUAUAUUAUAUUCUUCACAAUAAAGUGUUAUUAUAA